CACUUGCCGACCUCCAGACCUCAUCUUUCAAUCACGAUACCCGUUCCCACGACCGUCAACUCCAAGUGGAUUGGCACUGCCUCGCUGGCCGAGAACGCCGGCACGGACGCUGCUCUAGGAGGUCAUCUUGUAUCCUCGGAGCGGCAUACGACGACGGAGAAGGGUGCGAUAAGGACGACAGGACGGCAUGAUGGACGAACAUCUGCGGGGGACGCACACGACCCUCAUGACUUCUCUCCUCUCACCCACACCAACGCCUCUAUCCCAAGAUGCGCCAGAGAACCUGCAAAUACUACUCUCGAGCCCAGAGUCGACCAACGCACCGUUGUGGCAGCCUCCAAGCGGCGACAUCCACGUGCAGCGCAAUGAUUCAACCAUCAACGGCGUCGUGAUCGGCCUGCUCAGCUCUUUUGGAAGUGCCAUUCUAAUAGCCCUUAUAUUCCUGAUCGUCUACUUCUUCAAGUAUACGAGCAGUGGCCGCAUAUUGCUGGACCGGCUGGGGAGACCGGGUGAAUAUGACGACGAGCAGGCAUAUAUGAGGGAGGAGGCGGAGGCUCUGGAAGAGAUGGAUGAUUUGCAGCGGACAGAAUAUCUGAGAGCCAAAGCGUUCAUCCAGGCCAAUCCUCCAGACUCAUUACCGACGGAUAUCUCACUGUCACAGUACUUAGCAAUUCAAGAAAAGGGUGUCUCAGCGUGGGAAUUCGAGCCGGAGCUGGAGAUUGCGAAUUGCUUUGUGGAGGGGAGGACUGAAAUCGAGUUCUUUGACUCGGAAUGCUCAACUUUGACGAAUCUGCCCGUACCAAAGCAAAACGAGGUUUAUUAUUGGGAGUCGAAGAUUUAUGACAAGCCUGAAUCAACAUUACUCAGUAUAGGGGUGGCUACGAAGCCGUAUCCCUUAUUCAGAUUACCUGGUUGGCAUAAAUAUUCAGUUGCGUACAUAUCUACCGGACAUCGAAGAUAUAAUCAGCCAUUUAACGGGCCAGCAUAUGGACCACAAAUUGUGCAGGGAGAUGUCAUCGGCGUCGGAUAUCGACCUCGAACAGGCACGAUAUUCUUCACACGAAAUGGCAAGAAAUUGGAAGAUGUGGCGCACGGGCUGAAAUCACAAAAUCUCUUUCCAGCAGUGGGUGCAAAUGGGCCCUGCACUGUGCAUGUCAACUUUGGACAAUCUGGAUUCGUCUUUAUCGAAGCAAAUGUCAAGAAAUGGGGCUUAGCUCCCAUGACUGGAAGUUUGGCUCCUCCGCCACCAUAUGGGAGCGAUCACGGGCAUUACCCAGAUCCACGGCAUGGCCGAACGAGAAGUGGGAACUUCAGAUACGGUCCACCAACGAGUCCCGGACCCGUCCGUUCACCAACCGACAUCUCUCUGGCACAUCUCACCCACAUUCCGUCAAAUGAUGAGCCUGGGGAAUCAAGUCAAUCGGUGGUGCAGCCGCAACAAGCAACGACAACCACCACGAAUGUUGGGCUAGGAGUGCAGGAAGCACAGCCACCCCCAGAGUACACAAGCCCUCUCCCCUCAAAUUCCAAUAGUCCACGAGGAAGCAGCGACAGUGAGCGAACGCCCAUGCUACGAAGGAAAAGCACUCCGCCACCAAUACCAAGCUAUAAUGACGCAGUGGCAGAGGAUCGGGCCCGGGAACGGAGCGGUAGCCAGAGAGAAAGGAAUGACAGUCAUAGAUCACGAGAGCAAGGGGGACGAUCAUGACAGAACAGAGAUGAUACCAGAGCGUCAAGCUGAGUUGCAGCGCACGCUCGCUUGAGAUAAGAUACGGAUGGCAUGGCUUGCUUGGCUUGAACGGUGUUGGGGUUGGCUUGGGUUGGGGGAUAUCUUGCUUGCGAGCUAUUAGCGUGGGCGGGUG